AUGUCUCGAUCUUCAUCGUCAGUCGAGACUCCUUCGUGGCAUUGUCUUCUGCUGUUACCUAUUUUUGACACCCUCUGCUCUUUUCUCGAGCCACGAGAUCUGAUCUCUUUCUUCGGGACGACCAAAGCUUGCAGGGAUUUAUACCCAACUUUGCUGACAUCACAAUUCAACAUCAACCGUCUGCUCAAACGUUUUGUUAAAACCCCGGUCGCUCUAAGAUCUGAACUAGCAAAGCAUAAUGCUGUCAUUUCUGGAAGUACUGCUCUUCAGCUCUUUGAGCGUGUCACUUGGCGCAAGUCUGACUUGGACAUUUAUGUCGAGCGUGAUGACGGGACGGCGGUAUCUGCAUUGGGCACGUAUCUUACCACUGUAGAGAGUUAUGUGGCAGUAGCAGCACCAUUUCCAAAUGCGAAUGACGAUUAUGGUCUGAUCAACUUAUCAAUUAAGCGAAUUGAUAACUUCCAAAAAGUGGACGGAAACGGUGUGAAACUCAAAGUCCAAAUUAUGAGCACUAGGACACUUGCGCUUGAAGCUAUAGUCGCAAAUUACUACACAACAGCUGUAGUCAACUUCAUCACAUGGAAUGCAGCUUACUGUUUGUUCCCUGAUCUGACCUUCAUCAAGAGAACUACAUACUCGCUGAAGAAUACGGAGGAACGUUACAACCAUCAGAUUGCCAAAUAUAGGGACCGGGGAUGGGAAACUUUGGGAGUGGUCGAAGAUGAAGACCAGCAAUUUACUAAGUCGUUGCUGUUGCACGAUGAUGAACAAGGAUUCCGUCGAAUAGGAGACUCAAGAACUUGGAAAAUUGACCUGGACACAGCGGGAGUCACUCCUGGUGCACCAUCAACCUCGGUCGAAUACUGUCUCUUCAAUUUGCGAACCGUUCCCGUUAUGGCUGAACUGAACGAGAAUUCCCAUUACAAAAUUGACACUUCAGUCUUCGUGUCUUGUAUUCUGAAAUACAAAUACCUCAGAGAUGAGAAAGUGUUGGUAGACGGAAGCCUGAAUUUCUGGCCACAACAUGCGAACCAUUUCAAUGAGCUUACACGCAUAGAAAUGAACAAGCUGGAGCCUGAUGAUCGUCCGUGGGAUCUUGAUAGUGUGGAUCCGCAAGCUUACUUCCUCAGCGCACGCGUGGUUCAGAAGAACCCACCGACUGGAUGGACGUUUUAUGAUGCAGAGAUUCCUAAGUUGUUUGCUACUUGGCAAAAUAGAGGUUUACCGGAUUUAUCAAGCUUGGCGAUUGAGUAA